UCCCUUCAUGCAACACUAAGCUUUCCUUCUCCACGUUGAUUGCUUUUUACAUUCUGUUCUCCAUGGCUCCCUCUCUUUUGUGUCUUCUCCUUGCCACCUUUCUUUUCAUGCAAACUCUAGCAGAUACUUCAUGCACGGAUUGUUUUGUUCAAUCCCGUGCAUCAUAUUACCCCAAUUCUGAAGUAAAUGGCACAGACAGUGGUGCAUGUGGAUUUGGUUCCUUUGGUGCUACCAUCAAUGGCGGGGAUGUAUCGGCUGCAUCUAGUCUUUAUCAAGAUGGAGUUGGCUGUGGUGCCUGUUACCAGGUGAGGUGUGCCAACAGCGCUUAUUGCUCAGGCAACGGUGUCACUGUAGUUGUAACUGACCAAGGCUCAGGUGAUAACACUGACUUCAUACUUAGCCAACGAGCCUUCGGUAGGAUGGCUCAGAACUCUGAUGCAGCUGCUUCUCUAUUAGCUCUUGGCGUAGUUGAUAUUCAAUACAGACGUGUUUCAUGUAGCUACCCGAACAAAAACAUGACAAUUAAGAUACAUGAGAGCAGUAGCAACCCUCACUACUUGGCUUUUGUCAUAUGGUAUCAACAAGGAAGGAGAGACAUAACUGCUGUGCAGCUCUGUGAGACACAGAACUUUGUCUGUAAGUUACUGGACAGGAGUCAUGGGGCAGUCUGGACCUCUACCUCUCCACCGAGUGGACCUUUGUCUUUAAGGAUGCUGUUUAGUGAUGAAGACGGAGAAGACACAUGGGUCGUUCCCGUUAAUAACAUACCAGAAGACUGGAAGGCAGGAGAAACAUACGACUCAGGGGUGCAAGUGGACCAGUAGAUAAGCAGCAACAAAUUAUUUAUUAAUCUUCUAUUACCCUGUAAUGAAAGAAAUAAGUUGUCAUAAUAUCAAGUUCAGUCGAGUUAUUGUAUUUAAUCUUCCUUUCAAAAUAUUGUUUUUCUCCUAAUAAGUAUUAAGGACUGAGGAAUGAGGAAA